UCCAUUGAGUCCAUACAAGAGUCUCGUUCAUAUGGUCAUCAAAUUUUGAUGAUUUAUUUUCACUUUCACUUUGAUAUUAUUUUCACUGCUUGUGUUGCCAUCUAUCAAUUUAACUACGUUUGUUUUGAUUUUUCUUGUGAAUUUCAAUCAUGUGUUUUUAUUUAUCUUAAAAUUAAUUAGUGACUUAUUCAACUUUAUCAAAUGAUUAGUCCAUGAAAAAGUCUCAACUGAAUCAGAUUGUUAUCCCUUUUUUGUUUCCGGUAAAGUAGUUAAAGGAUUUGGUCGAGGAUCAAGUGAACUCGGGAUUCCAACUGCAAAUAUUGAUCAUCAAAUUGUUAAAAAUAUUAACCUUCCAACUGGAAUCUACUUUGGUUGGUCACAAUUAACCCUGACAGAGGAUCAAUUCAAUCAAUUAACCAAAGGGUAAUAGUUUAAUUGUUUAGGUAAAAUUGGAUAACAAUGUCUUCCAUCCCGAUAGUGGCCUUAAUGUGUGGAUCUUUCAAUCCCGUUACGCGAAUGCAUUUACAAAUGAUGAGGAUAUUUAAACAAUUCGUCUCGUCAGACGAUCAACAUCGGAUUAACGGAGGAUCAGUUGUUCAAGGGAUAAUCUCACCGGUUAAUGAUCUUUAUCAUGUUAAGAGGAAAAAUUUGCUCCCAAGUUUUCAUCGUAUCAACAUGAUUAAUCUUGCUCUGGUCGAAGAUCAAUUAGAUGAUUGGGUUGAGUGUAAUUCAUGGGAAUCUGAUCAAAAGGACUGGCAAAAGACAUUACAAGUUCUUGAUUAUCAUGAAUGUCACAUGAAGGAUAAAUUUGGUCCAUCGGCACAACUUUGGAUGGUCUCUGGCGGUGAUCUGAUUGAAAGUAUGGCGGUUCCUGGAUUAUGGGCUGAUUCUGAUUUAGAAAAAAUUUCCUCAGGCUAUAAAUUAUUCAUUAUUCCAAGAAUUGGCUCAGAUGCUGAUAAAUUUAUCGCUUCACAUUCAAUUUUAUCUCGUCAUUCAAAUAACAUAAUAAUCGCCAAUCAUGUUAUACCAAACGACGAUAGUUCAACCAAGGCCAGAGCUGAAAUCAAACUAGGAAAUUAUCCAAGCAAUUUAUUGAAUUCAUCAGUCAUUGAUUACAUCAAGAAACACAACAUUUAUGUGGACAAUUAAAACCAAUCAACUAUCCAAUUUGUAUAUAUCGAUUUGAAGAUGUUAUCACUAUUAUAAUUCAAGAUGAAAAUUAACUAUU